CGGGGAAAAGAAACAGCAUGAUGAGGAAUCCUCAAGAGACAAGGCUAUAUUCAGCCGGGAGAGAGUUCCACCAGCGCCACCAAGCCCGCCAGGUCCACCAAGCCCGCCAGCGGUGGAACAAUCGCCUCCAAGAAGGCCCAACCCAAGAAGAAUGUCCACAACACCACCCCUGUUUGAACCUCCAUCUGCACCUCCAUCCACACCUCCAUCCGUAUAUCAGUCUGUACCUCCAUCUGCACCUCCACCUGUACCUCUAUCUGCACCUCCAUCCGCACUUCCAUCCGUACAUCAGGCCGUACCUCCAUCUGCACCUUCGCCUUUACAUGGGAAGUUCGGGUGCAGGAAGCGAGGGGGGAGAAAGCGAAGACUGAAGAAGCGCUACUGAGCGGGGAGGAAGGUGGUCUGUAAAACACCAACCUUUGGUUUUUUUUGUAAAUAUGAUUAUUUUUGUAUAUUAUUAUUAUUAUUAUUAUUUCUGUUAUUGUUAUUGUUACUGUUAUUAUUAUAAUAAUUAAAAAACACAUUAUUCU